GCACGUAUGAGCGAUGACAGUUGACAGCACGGGCACGUAGCACACCCACAACACGGAUAGGCCCAGAAGAGUCCAGUUUAAACUGCGAACCCAAAAACACGAUGGACCUUGUAGUUCUUUAAUUUUCAAUUACUGAAAGCGGAAUGUCCGCUGUGAAGGCGGGGUUGUUUGGUUCCUGCAGCUGCUCGCGCUCCACCCUCUGGAGUUGUUGUUGUUGUUUUUAUUAUUAAUAUUAUUAAAGAGUCGCAGCGCUGUGGCUCGUGCUGCUGUCAUCCCUGCCCUGAUUUUUUCGGUGCCGCCGCCCGACAGUUGGCUCGAACGCGCGCAUGCAGCAGAAUGGCUCGAGCGCUUCCAACGCUUCCAACGGUUCCAACGGCCGCCAGGCUCUGUCCUUCAGCCCGCUGCCUGCAGCCACCACUACGCGGGUGAGGCGGUUCAUUCAGGAGAGACGGACGCUGCCUCUACCCAGAGUGAUGGUGGUAUUCUCGGCCGCGGGGGACACCGAGAAACCGGGCGAUGCUGCCAUGUCAAGCUCGGACUCCGCCGCGGAGGAGGACUUCCGAAAGCCGGCCUCCCCAGCGCCGAGCUUCGCCCUCAGCAAGAAGCCGCUCCGCUCCUCGCUCAACACGCCGGAGCAGGAGGUAGGACAGGCCGCUUUACCGGACUGUUAUACCAGGUUUCCAGAGGUCAUCUCUCUGAACGUUGGGGGCACGUACUUCACCACCCGCCUGUCCACGCUGCGGCGAUACGAGGACACCAUGUUGGCCGCCAUGUUCAGCGGGCGUCACCACAUCCCACGUGAUGCCGAGGGACGCUACUUCAUCGACCGGGACGGGACAUAUUUUGCGGACAUCCUGAACUUCUUGCGAGAAGGCGAGCUUCCUCACAGGGACCGGGUGCGAGCGGUGCACAGAGAGGCUCAGUACUACGCCCUCGGCCCGCUGCUGGACAGCCUGGAGGACACGCAGCCGCUCACCGGGGAGAGAGUUCGGCAGGCUUUCCUCGACCUGAUGCCCUACUACCGAGACAAUCUGGAGCGUAUUGUGGAAAUUGCCAAACUGAGGGCCAUGCAGAAGAAGGCACGCUUUGCCAAGCUGAAGAUCUGCGUCUACAAGGAGGAGAUGCCCAUCACGCCGUACGAGCGUCCUCUUUUUAACUCUCUGCGCUUCGAGCGCUCGGACAGCGAGGCCAAGCUCUUCGAGCACCACUGCGAGGUGGACGUUUCCUUCGGACCCUGGGAGGCGGUGGCGGACGUUUACGACCUGCUGCACUGCAUUGUCAGUGACCUGGACGAGCGCGGCAUCACCUCCGAGCAGCAGUGCAUCGGCGUCUGUGACAAGCACCUCAUCAACCAUUACUACUGCAAGAGGCCCAUCUACGAGUUCAAGAUCACGUGGUGGUGAAGUAUGGAGGGAGGCGGUCAGGGCCGAUGGGACCAAAACGCAAAAGGAUGGAUGUUCCCCUUUUUACUACAACUCAACCGAUAUUGGUUUUUGUAUUGACGUUCCCAAUAUUUUGUGCUGAUGUCUUUAAAAUGUGACCCUUUAAAUCAUGCUUCGACAUAUAAGUAUUCUGUUCCCCCAACAUAUUUUUAUUUUAUUUUCAAAAUGAAUAACACAAAUUAAGCUCAGCUGCUAGUUUAUUAAGGGCACCUAUAAUGCAGUCUAAUACAACAGUCCUGUAUUACAUCUUUAAUUCAAAACAGCUUCAACUAAAACUUAAUGAAGGGGGAUUUACUGCAGGACUGUUGUUUUAGACUUCAUUCAUUUGAUUUAAAUCGGUCUAAUUAACUGGUAACUGAGUGUAAAUACCAAAGCAAUACUACUACUUUACAGAGUAACAUAACAACACUUAAAAGUCCUGUUUUUGCUGACCUCCUUUGGUUUAACUUCUCCCCUUGAUGCAGUGAUGUAAAGGUGUACUCCAGGACCUUGUGACAUCACUUCUGACCACAACCAAUAAUUAUGAGAAAGACGUGAAACGGGUGUAAAAAUGUACAUCCUACCCUAUUUCUAUCCUUAAAGUAAUUGUUCACCCAAAACAUCAUACAUUAUCGUACUCGUCACCUUCCUUCGGCUCUCUAUGGUCCCAGAAAUACAUUUUCCAUUGAAUAAUAUUUAGGAACAAUGGAGGCUUAUCACCUACAGAACGACAGACGGCACAAAAAAGGUUACUUUCAGAAACUUCCUGUGCAGCUUAAUCAAAGUCUUGUAUCCUUUCGUGGGCUCACGGAAAUCCAAACAAAACUAUUUUUGCUAUGAUGUUUGUAAACAAAGCAUUUUUUAGAUUAUCCUCCUCGGAAAUGCUGCACGGGACGAUUAAUAACCUUUUUUGCUUUCUUUUGGACAGAUUCUGUCAAAGUCUGUUUGCACUGAUAUGCUUUCAUUUUUUUCAGGCGCUCCUUAAUUUGAUAAUAAACUAUUUCUUGGACCAAUGAGAGUUAGGGAGGUGAUUGCUUUAUGCACUUCAGGCUGCUUUUGGGUGCACUAUUCCUUUAAGUUACUAUUCAAAGGUCUAACAUUAAAUUAUGAUAUUAAGGGUACGUUUCAGACGGGUUUUGGUCGCACACAGAGUCCAGCACAGUAGUGCAUAUUUAGCUAAAGCACUUUUCAUUUGUAGGAGAAAAUACAUUUCCUCUUACAAAUAUUACGUAGUCCUUUAAGGCACAGAACCUCGACCCAAAAAGUGUCUUUUUAGACUUCAAAUUUAUUUUUUCUAUUUCCAACUUGCAUGUGUAAAAACUACAAAGACUGUUUGUUGGAGUUCUUUGGCUGAACAUAUCCAGUUAUGGACACAUUGACGAAGGAGUGAAGCUGCAAGAACUCUAAAGCCUGAGAUGAGAUCAGAAGUGGGUCCCAUGACCGUUAAUCUAAUUUAAAAGUCAAUCCUGCCCAUUGUCCUUUAUUAUUAUUUUUUAAAUUUAAUACCUUAACGUUUCCCCAGCUUUGCCCUAACCUGGAUUUGUACGUGAUUGGUCUCACCACAUUUCCAGAGCAAAGAAAUGACAUUGUAGUAAAUAUUGAAUGUUGUAAGUAAAGUCUGAAGUCAAAUCUGUAUUUUUUAGGAAUAAGUUUAGUUUCAGGAUGCAGAUUAACUGUUUAACCUGUUCCCUUUUGGAUAAACAGAGUAUAUUUUAAUUAUGCAGCCUCCUGAGGAGCUUGUUUUUAAAGAUGUGAGAAAUGUUCAGGUGGUAUCCAUUUUGUCGGUCUUCACAUUUUACACGUUUUGCUCAAAGUUGCCGGAGAUUGAAGGUAGCUGAAGUUUUUGCACACUAAUGUAAAAUACAGCUGUUUACAUAUUAGUUUGUUGUUUCUGUAUAAUAUUUAUUAUAGUCACUGUCACAGAGAGAAUCAAUAGUUUUUAUUCUUUGUCAGCUUCAUUCCACCUUUAAGUUAAAUGUUAUUUCCUACUGUACUUGAUAAUGAAGUCGAGCACUUUGUGAUUGUAACCGAUAUAUGAUUUUAUUUUACCUCAAGUGAAAGUAUCUGAUAAACAACGAUAGAAAGCAACAAGUACAUUUAUAACAUGCUUAUUUUGUUGUACUUGUAACAGAUAAAUGCAGGAGAGAUGCAACACAGCUAAUCAUUGUUUGCACUGUUAUGUUUGCAAUUGUUUUAUAUUGUUAUUUAUCUGUUUCUGUUAGCUUCUAGGAAGCUAUCGUUCCACUGUAUUAUUUGGGUUUAGUUUGUUUGCAGUGAAAAAGAAAUGUCAUUUUUAUUAUUUAUGGUAAAAGUAAAAAAUAACUGAAAUGCUUUUA